AUGACUACAGAAUUAGAUGAAAAGAAAAGACCAUUAACACCCCCAAAUGAUGAAAAUGAAGCACUGGAGCAAAAACAAAAACAAAAUGGACAUCGUCAAAAGUCAAAAAAAUCAAAAUUAAAAAGGUACAGACCAAAACCAAUUGAAUCUACUAGUCCUUUAGGUGUAUUAGAAUUUGAAAUAAAACAAUUAUGUAAAGAUCACAAUAUUUCUUUGGAUGAUAUAAAAAAUGAUUUGACGGGAAUUUUGAAUGAUAAGUCCGUCGAGGAAAAAUAUCAUAGAGAAGUUGAAAAUGUAGAAAUACUAUCGUUUUUAUCAAAUGGUGAUGGUAUUGCACUUAUACCACAUAUUGAAAAAGAUAAAAAAUAUCAAGUUGUAAUUGUACCAUUUGGAAUUCCUGGAGAUAUAGUAACAAUUAAAAUUUUUAAAACUCAUCCAUUAUACGCAGAAUCUGAUUUAUUAUCGAUUCAAAAAAGCUCAAAUAUACGAGACGAUUCUUUAAUAAAAUGUAGAUAUUUUGGAAAAUGCUCAGGUUGUCAACUUCAAGAUAUUUCAUAUGAAGAACAGUUAAAAAUUAAAAGAAAAACUAUUAUUAAUGCAUAUAAACAUUUUGCUCCUAAAUUAUUUGAAUUAAAUUUAUUACCAGAAGUUUUAAAAUGUCAAGGUUCACCAUUACAAUAUAAUUAUAGAACAAAAUUAACUCCACAUUUUAAUAUACCUAAUAAAAAAACUGGUGCUGAUUUAAGUGAAAGACCUAAUUUUGGAUUUGGUGCAAAAGGAAGACCAACUUGGAGAAAAAAUACUGAUUUUGGACCUCCUGGUGCUAUUAUGGAUAUUGAGGAAUGUGAAAUUGGUACAAAUAUUGUGAAUAUGGGAUUAAAAAAUGAGCGUAAAAGAUUGGAAAAAACUUAUAAAACUUACAAGAAAGGAGCUACGAUAUUAUUGAGAGAAAAUACUAAAAUUAAAUCUGAAACAAUCAAAUUAGACGAAGCUUCAAGGGAUGAUAAUGAUGAGAUCACAAAAGUUGAAAUAGAAGAAAAUAACAAGACAUUAAUAAAAACAUGUGUUACAAAUUCAAGACAAGUUGUACAAGAAAUUAUAGGUGAUUAUAAAUUUGAAUUUUCAGCAGGUGAAUUUUUUCAAAAUAAUAAUUCAAUUUUACCAAUUAUAACAUCAUAUGUAAAAGAAAACCUUUUACAAGGAAGUAAUAAAAAUGAAAAUUAUUUAGUUGAUGCUUAUUGUGGUUCAGGUUUAUUUUCAAUAACAUGUUCAGAAAAUGUAUCAAAAGUUAUUGGAGUUGAAGUAAGUGCAGAUUCAGUAACUUUUGCUCGUCAUAAUGCUAAAUUGAAUUCAAUUGAAAAUGCUAAAUUUAUAGUAGGUAAAGCAGAAGAAAUUUUUAAAGAUAUAGAUACUCCACCGGAACAAACAUCAGUUAUAUUAGAUCCACCAAGGAAAGGUUGUGAUGAUAUAUUUUUAAAUCAAUUAAGUUCUUAUAAUCCUGCUAAAAUUGUAUAUGUUUCUUGUAAUGUUCAUUCACAAGCUAGAGAUGUUGAAUGGUUUUUAAAUCAUACUACUAAUGGAAGUAAAUAUAUGGUUGAGAGUAUAAAAGGUUUUGAUUUUUUCCCUCAAACUCAUCAUAUAGAAUCAGUUGCUGUAUUGAAAUUGAAAGACGUAUAG